UGUUCCAUUCUUCAAAUCUUUCCCUUUCAUGGAACAAUGCUCUCCGCGUGCUGGCACCAAAAGCUACCAGUCAAAAUCCCAACGAAGCCUAACCGAAACCCACACCCCACUGCCCUCAAAGAUGAGCUGAAUGUCUCAUUCCUUUCUUCCCCUUUUCGAAUUCAGGCGGAUUAAUCAAUUUUACAACAAUCCAACCCUACAUUCUGUUUCGCCCUUUGAUUUCUCUUCGAUCCCUCUCGUUUUGGAGGGAGGAAGAAGAUCAAAGAAGGAGAAAUGGAAAGCGUAGCCGUCUGGCAAACGGUGGGUUUAUGUGGGUUACUCUCGUGGAUUGGUUUAGCUUCCUACAUUAACCUAACUCAGAAGCUUCGAUCCUUGCUGCGACCUUGGGUGGCUCGACAUGUCAUAGCAGGCGCUCCUCUUGUUCUUCGAAUCCAGAGAUAUCAGAAUUCGUUCUUCGAUGCCAUGUUUUCUGGGUUGUCUUGCAUCGUUUCUGUGUCGUUCUACACUGCUUUUCUUCCGCUGCUAUUCUGGAGUGGGCAUGGGAAAUUGGCUCGGCAAAUGACUCUUUUGAUGGCGUUUUGCGAUUACUUGGGGAAUUCCAUUAAGGAUGUGGUAUCAGCUCCUAGACCCAGUUGCCCACCUGUUAGGAGAAUUACUGCCACCAAAGGUGAGGAAGAAAACGCCAUGGAAUAUGGAUUGCCCUCUUCUCACACGCUAAAUACAGUUUGUUUAUCUGGAUACCUCUUGUAUUAUAUCCUAUCUUAUACUGAAGAUAUACAUGCCUCCUACCAGUUCACAGGAUUUGCCCUUGUCUGUCUGCUUGUAGGCCUCAUUGGCUUGGGGAGAAUAUACCUGGGCAUGCAUAGUCCAAUUGAUAUCAUAUUUGGUCUUGUUUUCGGCCUGAUGAUUCUCUUAUUUUGGUUGAAUGUUCAUGAGUACGUGGACAGCUUCAUUACCUCGGGCCAAAACGUUACAUAUUUCUGGGGUGCCUUAAGCAUUCUGUUGCUCUUUGCUUAUCCUACUCCUGAGUUCCCUACUCCAAGCUAUGAAUUCCACACGGCUUUUGAUGGUGUUGCGUUUGGAAUUAUAUCAGGGGUACAGCAAACAUACCAUCAGUUUCAUCAUGAAGCCGUUGCGCGUAUCUUUACACCGCAACUCCCGUUUGCGACGUUUGUUGGUCGGAUGCUCGUCGGUUUACCGACCAUAUUAACGGUGAAGUUUUGUAGCAAAGCUUUGGCUAAAUGGAUCCUUCCCAUUGUUUCAAACACCUUGGGUAUGCCCAUAACAUCAACCAGCUAUAUCCCAAUGCUAAAAUCAUCCUCAAUUGGUAAGGUGGAUGGGAGCAAACAACGUGGUCCUCUGCAUAAGCUGUUCUUCUUCUCGAGCCAGGACUCGUUUGACGUCGACACGGGUAUUAGGUUUGUUCAAUAUGCUGGCCUUGCUUGGUCUGUUGUUGAUCUUGUUCCUUCUCUUUUCUCUUAUCUGAACUUGUGAUUUGUUAGCUCCAAUGAGUUCAAUACGGUUAACCCAAUUGAAUCAUGAGUUCUCUAUAGAUCAUGUCCUUGUGUCAUGGACAUUGUUUUGUAAAUGAGGGCACUUUUAUGGCCUUAAUUGGCGACUAUUAUAUGAGAAACUAACUCCGGAAAUGGGUUGUAUACUGAGAAAUUGAGGAAAAGAUAAUUCCUUUAUGAGCA